AUGGCGACGGAAUGCCAUCGUGAAAAGGUCAUUCCAAAUGAUGUGGAAAUGAUCCGUCAGAAGAAUAGCGUCACGCCGGCUGUCAUGAAGAUGGCCGUUCUUCUCACCGCUCUGCCAGGACCGCAGCGGCCCGCCAUCGCGGCCGUCGGACGGAAACUGGCUCACCUCCAGACGCGCGCCCAUCAGGCCAGCCGCCUUCUCCGUUGGUGGCCGAGUGCCCUGCCGACACCGUGGCAGCCGGCGGCCUGUGAGGCGCCGCGAGGUCGGAGCGGGAGGCGGCCGAGCCUGCAGGAGGAGGAGGUGGCGCUGGUGCAGCAGGGCCAGGAGGCGCUGAAGACCGCGCGCGCCAUCUUGGAGGACCAAAGAGGGUGGAGAACAGAGAUCGCCGAGGAGAAUGGCUUGAUUGUUUACAGCAAGGUGUUGCCGGGGGCGAAGAGAGUGUUUCGUCUGGAGGCAGAGCUGGAGGGCAGCCCUGAGGAGUUGCACGACAUCCUGUUUGUCAAAGUGGAGGAGAUGAGCGCCUGGAACCCCAGCAUCGGUCGCAUUAAAAUCCUGCGGCAGAUCAAUGCCGAAACCAUGGUGACACAUGAGGUGUCUGCCGAGACGGCGGGCAAUCUGAUUGGCCAGAGGGACUUUCUGAGUGUCAGGCACUGUAGGCGAGAAGACUCGCGUAUUUAUCUGGCGGGAGCUGCCACUCAGAUGGACUCGUUGCCUCCUCAAAGUGGCUUUGUCAGGGCUGAAGACGGUCCGACGUGUAUCAUCCUGGAGGCUGUGGAUAACGGGAAAGGCAGAAGCCGCCUGACGUGGCUUCUCAACAUGGACGUGAAGGGCUGGCUGCCAAAGUCGAUUGUCAAUCAGGCAUUGCCACGAGCACAGGUGGACUUCACCAGACACCUGCGUCAGCGUCUGACCAAGGCGUCGGCCGUGACGGCACCACGGCGAGAGCGGCGGCGGCACAGUGUCACCGCUGAGCUGGGAGACGAGUGGCGCUUCGGAACGGCGGGCAGAAUUGGAGCAGCUCUGUAG